GCUCCUCGCGUGGAUAAUUGAGAGCCACCCGGUAUACAAGCGUUGACCGAAUCACAAGUCCUUUCGUUGUGGCAGCGUCUCCCUCGCGCUUUCUGCCACCUAAAGGAGAUAAACACGCGUGCGUCCACACACGUCUUUCGGGGAAAGAGCGAACGACACAAAGCGUGAGAGAUAAAGCUUAAUAAAGUCGAUAAGUCAGCGAGAGCCGAGGUAGAGAGACAAGAUCUUUGGCGACCGAGAGUACUGUCGAAGCGAGCGAGACGGAUCGCUUGCCCCAGGAAGUCAUGGCACAGGUGGAAGUCCCGAUGGGCGAGAUGCAGAGCCCGCCGGAGAAGCACAAGUCCACGAACGGAUUGGAAUUUUUACAAUUACCUCAGCUGCCGCUCGGACAGAUCGGCUAUCCUCAGGCCCAUGACUGGAUCGAGCACAGGAAGGCGAACAUUCGGCCGUGGUCGGUGUUCCUUAACACAAACAACAUCAGACCGCCGCCUAACAUAAGCAGGCUGAGCAAGCGGAUCGUGAAGAACAUUGAAUAUUUCCAGAGCAAUUACCUGUUUGUGUUUAUCGGAUUAGUGAUAUACUGCUUAAUCACCUCGCCGCUGUUGCUGCUGGCGGUCGUCGCCUCUCUCGGGAUAUGUUACAAGCUGUCGCAGCGGCAUGCGAGGCAGGAACUGAUGGUGCUGAAUCACAGAUUAACCCUGGCGCAGGUGUACUCUUUAGUCGGGAUUUGUUCGCUGCCCGUAUUUUACCUGGUUGGCGCGCACGCGGCUGUCUUUUGGGUGCUCGGGGUUUCCUGGUUCAUGAUAACGCUUCACGCCGCCUUUUACAAUAUCGAUGCGAUACUGUGUCCGGGGGAGGAGGAGCUCAACGCGCUAGUUAUGCAGGAAGUAUGAUUGCAAGGCGUUCGCGUUCUUCGCUGAAAAAAAAAGUGAUCCCUCAAUCGAAAUAUUCGGAGCGGCGAGUUGAUUUUACUUUCGUACGUUCGUUUAUAGAUGAUAAAGUUUAUACAGAAAUAUGCUUAAUAUAUUUACGUAUUGUUUAGUAAAUCGACGAAUGUUACGUUUUUGCUGUAUAUAACGUGUAUAUAUAGAAACAAGCUGUAUCGAUUAAGAAUCUGUUCGUGUAAUCCACAUAUCUCAAUAAUGAGUAUUUUACUACGUGCAUUGCAAACGUGUUUGUCGGGCGACGCGCACGCUGGCGAGUAGGGCACGCGGUUUUUCUCGCGCGAGGCUACAAAUUCUAUGUACAUACAGUACUCUUACACGAGUAACAUAAAACAUUUCUAUGAUUCACCCAAAUUAGCAAAGUUAGAAUUUGUUAUCGAAAAGUGACAAGUUUGACGUUUUGUAAUUGGAUUUUAAAUAAAAAACUUGCCAGUAGAAAA